UAGGUCUUUUGUUCACAGACCCCCAGGCUUCAGGGCGCACUGGCUGUGAGUAGGAGGAAGCCUGGGAGGCAGCGCGCCUGCCGUGCGGGGUGUGUCUGAGGCUCCUUGAGCCCCAACAGCCUGAGAUUGGGGUCCCCGUGCCUCCCGGACUCCUCUCUGCUCACAGCGUCCCCGCAGCCUGACCCCAUUUCACCCUCCAGCCUUGGGGACCGGCCUCUCAGGUCCCGCCGCCCAGGUCCCAGCGCUCAGAAUGGAUAUGAACUUUGAGGACGUGGCCAUUGCCUUCUCUCAGGAGGAGUGGGGGCUCCUUGAUGAGGCUCAGAGACUUCUAUACCGCGAUGUGAUGCUGGAAGUGUUUGCACUUGUAUCAUCUCUAGGUUGUUGGCAUAAAAUGGAAGAUGAGGAGGCCUGUUCUAUUCAGAGUGUAUCUAUACAAGAAGAGUCACAGGUCAGGGCUUCUAAGACAGCUCCAGCCACCCAGAAGAUUCCUCUGUGUAAGCGGUGUUUCUCUGUGUUAAAAGAUAUUUUACAUCUGACUGGUUCACAUGCAGCAUACUUUGAGCAGAAAGCCUUCUGUAGUGACGCAUGUGUUGGAGACUUCUGUUUCAGUGCAAACCCUCACCAACAACAGAGGAAUGAAUGUGGAGAGGAGCCCUGGAAAGAAGCUAUGGACAGGGCCUCCUUUGUGAGCAGGUGCAGCUUCUCCUUAUCUUUGGUGCCUUCAACCAGCAGGGAGGUUGGGGAAGACUUGCAGUAUAACUCAGAGCUUCCCCAGCACCAGGCCACUCUCAACACUGAGGAGCUCCACUGUGGCAGUGAGAUUUCACAGGAAUUUCUCAGUGGAAAACGUCAUCAGCAGUCGGGUGAAUGUGAAAACGCUGCCAGCCACAACCUGAAAGUUGUUCAGUGUCAUGGUAUGUGUUCUGCAGAACUGAUUUGUGAGUGUAACAAAUGUAGGAAAGUGUUUAUACGAAACUUGAAUGUCAUUCGACAUAAGAGAGUUCACACUGGAAAAAAGCCGUAUGAGUGUAAUGAAUGUGGGAAGUUCUUCAGAAAAAGACGUGCACUCAUUAAACUCCAGAGAUUUCACACUGGCGAGAAGCCAUAUGAGUGCAGACAUUGUGGGAAGUUUUUCAGUUAUGAGUUUACCCUCAAACAACACAACAAAGUUCACAUAGGAGAAAGGCCAUAUAAGUGUAGAGAAUGUGGGGUAUCCUUUAGUCAAAGGCCUCACUUCAAUGUACACCUCAGAGUUCACAUUGGAGAGAAGCCAUAUGAGUGUACAGAAUGUGGAAAGUCCUUUUGUCUAAGGGCUAACCUUGCUAGACACCUCAGAGUUCACACUGGAGAAAAGUUGUAUGAGUGUAGAGAAUGUGGGAUAUCCUUUCCUCGAAGGUAUCACCUCAUUGAACACCAGACUGUUCACACUGGAGAGAAGCCAUAUGAGUGUAGAGAAUGUGGGAUGUCCUUUCGUCGAAGGGCUCACCUCACUGAUCACCUCAGAAUUCACAAUGGAGGGAAGCCAUAUGAAUGUACUGAAUGUGGAAAGUCUUUUACCCCAAAAAAAUAGUCUUAUUAAACAUCUGAGAGUUCACACUGGAGAGAAGUUUUAAAUGUGUGGGGAAUGUUUUAUUUUAUUCACUUAGAAUAACAACACUGAUGGCGACUCUUUGGGACCUAUUUUCCUGAAUUUAAACCCCUUUUUAAUGGAACAUACACUCUGCUAGAUUCCUCCUAAGUUUCUGGUACAAGUGAGGCUUGAAGGAGGUGCAUUGCACUUGGUAAGAUGCCCAGAACUAAUACCUGAUUGAUUUGUGGCUGAAGAGAUUUCACCUCUACCACCUGGCUCACCUGAAGACUGUGUAUCAGUCCCAACCUCUGUGGCAUCAGGGGAAAUGUAUUCUGUGUUCUCAGUUGUGCUUGACAACAUUAUGAUAACUCCAGCUCCUGACAGGAUCUUCAUUCCUUUAUCUCUGAGGAGGUAAUACACCUGACCCAGGGUCAUCAAGGGCACCCAUCCUCAGCUAAGAAGUGCUGCCUCUGUCAGGGACAUGUGGUUCUCACAUUAAGCUGUGAUGAAUUGUUUCAGGUUCUAAUUCAGCAACCUGCAAACCACUUGCUGUCCUCU